UGACAAUUUCUGUGUUGUGCUUAAAUAGCUUUACCGAUUCAAUGUAUACAGAGUUAGAGGAUAAAUAGGCAGUCGUCUGAAACCAAAAAAGGGCAUAUUAGCAUUUAUAAGUGUAAGACCAACAAGUAGUAGUCAUGAAUACAUCCUCCUCUCUUGCUAAUGACAUCACAACUGUCAAUACAGACAAGAAUGAACACUUUAUUCGUGCAUUUCAAUGUUUCUUCAGUCUAUUCUCCAAUCCUAAUUUAAAUGAUCAAAGCAAAUUAAUGCAUGUUGUAAAGUACAUCAGCAGACCAGGGAGUAAAUCAUUUUUCCUACCGCAAAUAAUAGAUACACUAAGCGAAUAUAAAGUGCCUAGCACUACUUCUAAUAGUAAUACUAAUAAUAAUAUUCAUAUUGCUACGAAUAAUGCCAUUCAUAGAGAAAAUGUCAACACUAGCAAUCGGCCAAAUCAUAUAACUUACCAGCCUAUUGUCAAUCCACAUCAGUCAUCACUGUCUAUACCGUCAGAAUUGCACAAAACACUUCACUGUCCGUCUUCUACAGAUCUAAUCUCUAAUAUGAUGGGAAAGGCUAACUGUUCGCUUUUCUACAGGAUGGAGUAUAACAAUUUUAAUGAGUCCUUAGUUGAAUCGGUGAAUUUCAAUGGUGAAAUUGAAGCGAAUGCACAUGAAAAUCCCCUAGAUUUGAGUAUGUCAUCCAAUUUGAAUAGUUCACUAACAAAUCCUGUACACACAACUGUCAACAUGAAGCCUUACAUUUGUAAGGAACAGAUAACAGACAAAAAUCAAAGCCUGCCAAUGUUCCGCAUAAACUGUGAUUACGCCAAUAUAGAUGGAUCUAACCUCACUAGUGCAAUACACCUAUCAGACAGCUUCCCAACAAAACGAAGACGGUCAUCAAAGCAUAAUACAAACAGAAGAAAUGCAGUUGACAACAACGCUAAGAGUAACAAUAAAAAUCAAUGUUCUAAGGCGGAUAUUAACAAUGAGGUUGAUCUCUUCACGAAAUCAAAAACACUGUCUAACAGAUUGCAACAACUGUCAACAAUUUCAUCAACAUCAUCAUCCCUGUCACCUGUCAGCCAUCUAGAUUGUAGUCCGCCAGGAAAACAACCAGUUACUCGAUGUAAUCACUGUCAUGUUUUAUUCCCAUCAUUGUAUGAACUGAAUAAUCAUUUCAUAACAGAGCACAAUGUUAUAUUACAAGCAGAAAUGGAGCAUACAAAAUCCUGGAAAUCACAUACAAUAGAUGAUGCGUGUUUACAGAAUAUGAAAGUAAUAUUGGAUCGUUCAAACAAUAUGCACACAUCGGGUUAUCCUUGUCCGAAUUGUGAUUAUGUGGCUAAAUGGCCAACGGAAUUACAGAAACACAUAAUGGUGCAUUCAAAACAACGUCCACAUCGUUGUAUUAUAUGCGGAUUGUCAUACAAAUGGAAAUGGGAUUUAGGCAGACAUUUUGAUAAAAGUCAUAACAGAACAAUGAAUCCUUAUAAGAAAAAUGUAUUCAGUCAUUCACAGAAUCAAGAGAAUCGUUUGAAAACUGCACAUAAAUGUAGUGCUCGACGAGUACAGAAAUCAUCAAUUCGUAAACAUUUGGGUAUGAAACACAACAGUUAUACAAUGGAUGGUUACAUCCCGUUUACAACAUCUCCUGUAGGUGUGAAUACAAAUCAGCUGGGUGAAUUUUGUAAUGCAGUUAAACAAGAUAUUGUUGCAGAUCCAGUGAAUCUGUCAGGCUACACCCAUCUGCAAUCGAUUUAAAUAACGAAAUAAGCACUGUCAUUCACACCCAUCCCCUCACCCUCCACCUUAACUUUGACGCUGUAAUGUGAGAACGCCCGCAGAAAACUCUAGGUUAGAUAAGCAACUGCAAAAGUCAACACAAUGUCUAGAGAAAGAAGAAGCCCAACAUAGCGUGUAACUAGUUCCACUUCAGUCCAGUUGAGUAAUUUCAGCACUAUUACAGUAAAAUAAAACAUUGUUUACCAACAUAUCACACUAAAAAAAAAAUCUUAAAAAUGCUCAAAAAUAUUGAUAUUUGCAAACAGUAGACAUUCUUGUUUUUAUUUUAACUUAAUAAAUAACUUCACCAGAAAUCGAUUUAAGCUGUUCACCUUAUUGCACUUUUGCAGUAAAAGAAAACCCAGUCAGUUUCACCUCUCAGUUCUUCUAAAGAGUCAGUGAAUCCUUAGCAUUGUGUAUGCAAUACCUGCAGUCUGAUUAGGACAGUAGUGAAUUCCCCGCAUUUUCAGUAGUCAUAUAUUCACACCGAAAGGUGUAGUGAAUGUAGCAGUGAUUUCACCAGUUGGAUUACAUGUUAUAAAAAAAACCUGACUUCAUCAUAGCCCCUCAAGAGAAUUUCUUUGUCAGCUGAACCACCUAUCCGGCCAGCAGUUAACCAUCCUAUGAAAAAAAAAUUCAAAUCUUAAAUUCUGUUCAAAUGAGAGCCCACUCUGUUACAUCUAAUAAAAAUUAUUUUGUUUUUUGUUUUUAGUGAAAGACAGUAAUUGGUUUUAGCCUUACAUGUAUUCUCAGAAUUAUUCCUGAUAGAAGUAAUUAACUGUCUUUAACUUUUUGUAAUAUACCUGCGUCAAAAAUGUCUAUAUCAUCAUUCCAUGUCAUAUGUUUCAUAUUGAUGACUGUCAUUAUGAUUAUU